CUCAGCCCCCUACAGAAGUUAAGUAGCAUAGACCCCACUGUGCUGGAGGCCUCCUAAGCUUGGACCAUCUGCUGGGCUCCCAGGGGAGCCAGGGGACCCACAGGCUGAACACCCCAAGGCGAGAGUGGAUGGUGCUCAUGAAGACAAUGGAGGAGAAGGAUUUGGAGAUUGAGAGGCUUAAGAUGAAGCAAAAAGAACUGGAAGCCAAGGUUCUGGCCCAGGAGGCUGUGGACCCAAAGGAUAAAGAGAACUCGUCUUCCACAAUGCUCCGACCGCUUGCCCGCCGCACAGUCACUGUAGCAAAGCCCCUCAAAAAGGCUGUGGUGAUGUCCUUACAACUGAUUCAGGAGCAGGCAGCAUCCCCAAAUGCUGAGAUCCACAUCCUGAAGAAGAAAGGCCAGAAGAGAAAGCUGGAGUCCCUGGAUGCUUCAGAGCCAGAGGAGAAGGCUGAGGACUGCUGGGAGCUACAGAUCAGCCCGGAGCUACUGGCUCAUGGGCGCCAAAAAAUAUUAAGAUCUGCUGAAUGAAGGCUCUGCCCGGGAUCUGCGCAGCCUGCAACUCAUUGGCCAAAAGAAGGCCCAGCUCAUCGUGGGCUGGAGGGAGCUCCAUGGCCCCUUCAGCCAGGUGGAGGACCUGGAACGCCUGGAGGGCAUAUCCGGGAAACAGAUGGAGUCAUUCCUGAAGGCGAACAUCCUGGGUCUCGCCGUGAACCAGCGCUGGAGGCAGAGGCUGGAGCUGCUGGGGGCUCGGGACUCCCAGUCUCCUCUU